AGUGGCAACUCAUUUUCAAUUUGGUUCUAGGAUUUGGAAUGACUAAUUUACCCUUUCACUGUUAUAUUACACAAUUUUCUAUGAGUUUAAAGGUGGGAAUUUGAGAUUUAUAAAACCAGGGUGGAAACUUGUCAUUUCGCUUUACCCUGGGUGGGAACAUGUCGUUUGCUCGGGAAAAAAAAAAAAUUCAGACCAAAUUAGACGAGAAGCCGAAAAGGGCAGGCCCAAACCAUCUUCUCUUGCUACAAAACCCAACACAACUGCAAUUGCUAUUUGCGCAUAGCGGUAGCCAACUGAACUGAAUUGAACUGCUGGAAAGAUCACAAACAUCUUGAAAUGUUAAGAGCAAUCUCUCUUACACGAACCCACGUGAGGUCUCUCACGCAAACUCUAAAACCCUCUCCGUUCACACGUGUUACUUCUCCAUGUUCAUCAUCUGCGUCAUACCAUUCAGAUGACAGCGACGUAGACCAGGGACAGUUAGUCGACCUCGCUACCUUCUUGAAGAGAGACCUAGAUGCCCUUCCAAGACUCUUCUUGGUCCAGCCUCGCCUCAGGCCUCCCACUCUCUUGCAAGCCAAGCUCAGCGAAGCUCUUUGUCUCGCUAACUCUCUCGAAGAACAGCGUGAUGGCUACUUUAUUACUGAUUUUUUUGAUAAAGCUCUACCACCACAUGUCGUUGUUCAAAACCCAGCUCUUAAAUCGGCCAAACCUCGUGCAGACACAUACUUUGGACCGGGGACAGUGGAAACUGUCAAAUGCCACCUAAAUGCUGCCAAGUCUAAGGAGGAAGUAGAUGCCGUUUUUGUGAAUGCCAUUUUGUCUGGAGUUCAGCAAAGGAAUUUGGAGAGGAUUUGGGGAAUACCAGUUUUCGAUCGUGUGGGUCUUAUAAUAGAGAUAUUUAAUGUUCAUGCUCAUACAAACGAGGCAAAGCUACAGGCUGAAUUAGCAGCACUUAUGUACAAGAAGAGUAGGCUUGUUCGUACACGUAGCUCUGAUGGACGCAGUACUUUUGGAGUGACUGGGGAAGCUGAAGUUGUUAGUGCUCGAGGGAGAGGAAGUGGAGGACGUGGCUUUAUCAGUGGUGCUGGAGAAACUGAACUUCAACUUCAACGGCGAAGAAUCUUAGAGCGGCGAAGUCAUUUGUUAACUCAAAUUGAAGAUGUUCGUCGUACCCGAGCUUUGCAACGAGCUGCUCGUAGGAGACAUGGGGGAUUGCAUGGUCAAGGUUUAGCCACUGUUGCUGUUGUAGGGUACACAAAUGCUGGAAAAUCUACGCUAGUUAGUUCACUGUCUGGCAUUGACCUGUAUAGAGAUCCACGAUUGUUUGCAACAUUGGAUCCUAGAUUAAAGAGUGUUUUUCUCCCUUCUGGGAGAAAAGUGCUCCUUGGUGAUACAGUGGGAUUUAUAUCAGAUUUGCCUGUGCAGUUGGUGGAUGCAUUUCAUGCAACCUUGGAAGAAGUGGUAGAAGCUGACCUACUUGUGCAUGUAUUAGACUGCACCGCCCCUAACCUUGAAGAGCAUCGGGCAGCAGUGCUGCAAGUUCUACAGCAAGUAGGAGUCUCAGAGGAGAAGGUGAAGAAUAUGAUUGAAGUCUGGAAUAAGAUUGAUUAUGAUGAUGAAGAAAUAGGUGACGAUGAAUAUCAAGAUGAUGGUGAGAUGAAUAGCUUGUCAGGAGAGGAAGAUGAAGAUUUAGCAUCUGAUUCAGUAGAUGGAGAACCCAUGGACAGUUGUGGUGCCGAUGAUGCUGACAAUAAUGAAGGGAUUGUUUCUGAGUUGUCACCCGGGGACAACCAUGGUGAUUACUCUGAUGGAUGGUUGCUCUCAGAAGAUGACCGAGAUAAUGUGGAUGAAUACUGGAAGAGUCCAGAUGACCAACAAAGUGAGCUGACUAAAAUUGACUUGACGGAAAAAGAUUCCCAAUCUCAAGAUCAACAUGCGCCAGAUGUCAAAAUAUCUGCCAUAACCGGAGUUGGCUUGCAAGAAUUGCUGCAAAUUAUUGAUGAAAGGUUGAAAAUCCUUGACAACAAGCAGAAGGCCACAAAUGUUGUGGAAAGGGAUAUCUUUCAUAAAAAAUGGAGACCCCCUCGCACAGAGGACAGUAGCAUAGCAGUUGAACUGUAGAAUGCAAUCAUGCAUUACGGGAUACACUUCUCAUUUAUACUAGUUUAGACACCAUUACCAGUGAUAAUCGAUGGACCAGUUUGUAUGGAACAAAAACUCAAAAAGAAUUGUCUAUGGACACCUUAAUAUUGGUUGCACGAAGCUGAGUGUUGUGGUGGGUGAAAUUGCUUUCUUGGAGAGAGUCAGAGAUCGAGUGCAAUAGCAGACUUUUGAAAUAAGCAUGUUAAGUUGUUGAUCAUAACCCAGUAUCCUGUAGUGUUUAGAUGUUCUUACUUUGCAGUAGAGUAAUUUUACAGUAAAUGAAUUUUGUGAAGCAGUUUUGUUUAAA